AUGCGGCGGCAAAUUCUUGGUGCUGCUUGUUUAGUUAAGGCGGCUGCAGCACCGGUCCUCACGGAGUCGGCCCGUGGCAUUUACACUACAUGGGCCUCGAUUCCACUGGAGCCGUGGGCAACGAAAGAGCCAUGGCUGAAACGUCUCACCAAUCAGUCGCGCUAUCGUAGUUUUGAGUUUUGGCACGUGCCAGAGGCGAAGGCACCAACAGGUAUUAAAUUCUCCUCAGUGGAACUGUACCUCCUGAGUGGCAUCGAAGAUGAUACCAACCGCCUCUUGAACUUAAGUUGGACGUACGACUUUGACUCUUUCUGGAGGGACCGUGUGGACGCGCAUGAGAUGCUGUACAAUUCUAUCUACAAGAAACCUUCUUUCAUUUCCGGGUUUUUGUUUGGAAAUUAUUCAGACAAUGAAGCUGGACGGAAACACAUUGAGAAAAAGUUGAACUACCUCAAAUCUGUGCUCCUUUGGGCUUUUGCUACGGAGCAUUGCCACUCAGCCAUUGUGAAGGCAAGAUUCGUCAUGCAACGUGAUGUAUGGAAUGCUUUGGAGCGUGAGCGGUAUCUUGCGGGUUGCUUGGAAGUGGUAGAGACCUUUAAGAAAGAAAUACCUCAAGAGUUUGCAAAGAAGGCAAUUGAAGAGCUCCAAAACGACCUUACGGCUAUGCGGCACUGGGUAUGGGACUGCCCGAAUGUAAAGCGAGCGUUCCCACAGUUGUCGUAA